CAUCAUUGGAGAUGCUGUACGAGAUAGCCAAUCUCAGUAUCUUAUUCAAGUGUAUGAUCCCUGCAGGAUUCCUGUUAGCCUUGUCGGGGUCAUGGGACUGUGGAUACUUAAGAUGCUGACAUCCCCAUCCUUUCUCACAACUGCGUGUCCAAACUGAUGGAAAUAAGGAUGGAGGAGAAGGCUGUGACUCAACCGCGGACGAGAGCAUCUGCUCCGCGUGUGAGAACAGGCUGCAAGACCUGCAAGAUACGACGCGUAAAAUGCGACGAAGGAAAACCCAGCUGUAAUCGCUGCAUAAAGUUCGGCGCAACAUGUGAUGGCUACGGCGCCAAGAAACCCAAUGUCCUUUCACCUGCAGCAACUCGCAUACUCGUACCCAGAGCAACCUUCCCCUUCGUUGUAUCCCCCUCACAGAACCUCUUCGACCUCGAUAACCCCGAAGAAUGGACCUACUUCCAACGCUUCUGUAGCUACACCGUCCAAAGGCUAUCAGGGUUACGAGGAUUUGAGUUCUGGAGUCGAGUCGUGCUCCAAGCUACACAAGUGGAACCAUCGAUUCGACACGCUGCCACAGCAAUUGGAGCUUUGGAUCUGAACGUCCUCACCUCAACUAGGGACGAGGAGGCGAUAAAGUUCCGACGGCAGUUCGCGUACAAGGAAUACCAGAAAGCUAUCGUUGGGAUACGAAAGACGCUCUCGGAGAAAGACUGUGAUAUUAAGACGAGACUUAUAGCUUGUAUUCUGUUUGCCUGCUUCGAAGCUUAUCAUGGGAACAGUAAGACGGCACUUGGGCAGAUAUUCUCUGGAAUUGAGAUGAUGGAGGAGCACAACAAAAAAAGGAAAGAGAAAGACUCGACAUCCAAUGCGCCGCGGCUGGCUCCCGUUGAUCCAGAGUUGGUGCAGGUGUUUACCUUGCUCGAGAUUCAGGCGACUGCGUGGGGCGAUUCACGACCCGGCAAACUUCACCUGGAAAGAAUGUACAAUUGCGCGGAGGCGGUCGAAAAUGGUAUGCCGGUAGAAUUCUCGGGGACCAAGCAUGCUGUCGUCAUCCUGAGGUUGAACAUUAUGUGGGGAAUCCAUCUGCGGUUCGCACAAAUGAACCUGGCUGGACACGAAGGCAAAAUUGUUCCCUCAUUCAUUGGCUUAGCCCCAUGUGCAAACGAUCCCGCAGCCCAUCAGCUGAAUCGGUGUCUUGCUUCAUUCAAAGCAUGGGGCGCGGCUUUCGAACCGUUGUAUCGGAAAGCCAGAAGCGCAGCAGGAGAGAGGAUCUUUGAAUCGGCAACUCAACUGCGCAUGAAUUACCUCGGUGGCGUCGUCUGGGUCGCUUCUGGAUCCCGCAGUAUUGGAAUGUAUUACAGACGGUAUACAAAGGAGCUCAAGGAGAUUGUUGCGUUGAGCAAAGUGUUACUCGACAUGUCUGAUAGCCAAACAUUCUCUCUGGAAAUGCGGUUCGUGUUGCCUCUGGCGGUCGUUGGUCUCAACUAUCGACACAGAGCUUUGAGGCAGGAAUGUAUAAGGACUCUUACGGCAAUGUCCAGGAGGGAGGCGAUUUGGGAUGCAUCUAUGAUGGGGAGGAUAAUGAAAUUUCAGGCGGAGAUCGAGGAAGAGGGUUUGGGAGAUGAUGAGGAAUAUGUCCCGGAGGACGGAAUGUCAACUAUCGUUCACUUGAAAGUUGAUGAACCGUUGAGGACAAUGUUUAUCACCUGUUCACUGGGUAUCAGAGGACAUCCUGGGGAGUCGGUAAUGAAACGAACCGAGCUGAUAUGGUGAAGGGAAAGGAGGCGUGGAAGAAGAACGUUCUUGAUACGGAAAGAGCAGAAUCCCUCCAAUAUUUUGGUUCCCCCGAGCCGCGUCGGUGUCUACAAAAUGCGUUGACGAUCCUCGACUAC